AUUCAAAACACAACACAGCUGUGAGCAGCACCGCCUGUCUGCUAGCAUCAAACUGUUAGCCUAACACAGUUAGCCUGUGGACUGUUGUCUGUGUAUUACAGUGUGAGUUUUGGCUUCUAAUGACCCCGCUCACACACCACCAGAGGGAAAAAAAAGAAGCUCCGAGACAGGUGAAAGCCUCUCAGACAGACAGGUGGUGACAGUAACAAGCUAACAGCUCCUCCAUCAUGAACAUCUGACACACUCAUGAGGGCCGUCCAGGCAUCGCUGCAGCUGAGAAUGAUGAAGAUGAUGAAGAUGAUGAUGAAGAAGCGUCUCCUUCGUUAGAGUCAGCUGGUGAGGGAAUGAUGGACCUCCCUAAUGGCCAAUCAGGCAUCACCACCACCGCUGCUGCUGUCUCUGAGAAGAGCAGCAGCUCCGAGUCUCUCAGUGAGAAAGUUUCCUCCGACCUGAAGAAAAGUUUUGAUGCCGUUGUGUUCGAUGUGCUUAAGGUCACACCUGAAGAGUAUGCAGGUCAGAUCACGCUCAUGGAUGCCCCUGUGUUCAAAGCCAUCCAGCCUGAGGAGCUGUCCAGUUGUGGUUGGAACAAGAAGGAGAAGCACAGCUCUGCCCCCAACGUGGUCGCCUUCACCCGCAGGUUCAACCAGACGAGUUUCUGGGUGGUUCGAGAAAUCCUCCACGCCCAGACGCUGAAGAUCAGAGCAGAGGUUCUGAGUCUGUACAUCCGCACUGCUAAGAAACUGUGUGACAGUAACAACCUCCAUGCAGUGAUGGCCGUGGUGUCAGCGCUCCAGAGCGCCCCCAUCUUCAGGCUCAGUAAAACCUGGGCGCUGCUGAGCCGUAAAGACAAGGCAACCUUUGAGCGGCUGGAGUAUCUGAUGUCCAAAGAAGACAACUACAAACGUCUGCGAGACUUCAUCAGCAGCCAGAGCAUGGUGUCCUGUAUACCUUAUCUAGGGAUGUACUUGUCUGACCUCACCUACAUAGACUCCGCCUACCCUUCCACAGGAAGUAUCCUAGAAAACGAGCAGAGAUCGAACCUGAUGAACAACAUCCUGAGGAUUAUAUCUGACCUUCAGAGAUCCUGCACCUACGAUAUCCCCGUGCUGCCUCACAUUCAGAAGUACCUGAACUCUGUCAGAUAUAUUGAGGAGCUGCAGAAGUUUGUAGAAGACGACAACUACAAGUUGUCUCAAAGGAUCGAGCCCGGCACCAGCACACCUCGAGCCAACGCCUCCAAAGAAGACCUGGCAGGUCAGGAGGCAUCAGCGUCUCCUCUCUGUGGACGGAAAUGUACCGUCUCAGCCGAAGGAACCAAAGUCCCAGCCACACCGCCAUCGCCCCGGAACCUGCUGCCCUACGGUCACAGGAAGUGCCACAGUCUGGGCUACAAUUUCAUCCAUAAGAUGAACACAGUGGAGUUUAAAAGUGCAACGUUUCCAAACGCCGGCUCUCGCCACCUGUUGGACGACAGCGUGAUGGAGAGUCACAGUCCCAGCAGAGGACAGGCAGAGAGCUCCACGCUGUCCAGCGGCAUCUCACUGGGGAGCAGUGAUGGUUCUGAGCUCAGUGAGGAGGUCUCCUGGCCGGCCUUUGAGAGGACUCGCUUCUAUCACUCUCUGGGCCCGGUGACCCGCGUGGCCCGAGUCCCCCACAGAGGCGUCCUGAGGCCCAGCAGCUCGGCGGAGUCAGAGGAGCUGGCGGUCCAUCUUUACCCCGGAGCAGUGACGGUUCAGGGCGUGCUGAGGAGGAAGACAGUGAUGAAGGAGGGCAAGAAACCUACGGUGGCGUCAUGGACCAAAUACUGGGUGGCUCUCUGUGGAGCUCAUCUUUACUACUAUCCUGCCAAGUCCCUGAAGGCCACAGAGAGGAAACAUUUUAAAUCCACCUCCAGUAAGAGCGUGUGCGUCGUCGGUCUGAUGGCCAUGAUGGCCGACGACCCCGAACACCCGGACGUCUUCCUGCUGACCGACUCAGAGCACGGUAACACGUAUAAAUACCAGGCAGGAAACAGGAUGAACGCUCUGCUGUGGUUCAAACAUCUGAGCGCCGCCUGUCAGAGCAACAGGCAACAGGUACCUGCCAAUCUGAUGUCAUUUGAAUGAGCCAUGAAGAAGAGAGACGGAGCGAUGACGAGACAGAGGAGGAGAAACCAGGGGAGGGCACAGGAGAAAGACGAAGGUGCUGAGGAGGAGGAGAGACUCUGUAGUGGGAGCUUUCACUGCCAUGAGCCCCGCCUCACUGCAGCCUCACCGCCAACACUGCCUUAACCAGCCACAUCUAAAGACGGACUGUCUUUGGACAGACACCUACAGUCCUCCUCGGCUUUUAUGGGGUUAACUGUUUUUAUUUGCCCCCCCCCCACACACACUCCCUUCCUCUGCUGCAGCGUCUUCACCUUUUAAUCAGACGGACACACAAUCACACACUGGAGGAUUCAGACACUUCCUUUGACUUUUCACACGAGUUGUCACAUGACUUUUGGGAUGAACCACGCUCACAGACACUCCCAGGCCUGUUGUGUUAAACAUAAGGGCUCUUCCUCUUCUGGAUCACAGCAGAAACACUUUGUAUGAACAGACUUUUAUUAAUGAACUUUGUCACACGCGGGCUGAGUGUUGUGUUCACGUGUGCGUGUUUGGAUUAGGUGAAGACGGGUGGGGGGGGUUCUUGUUUAUGUUCACACGGUACGAUAAUCCAGAGUCUAAGCUACGGCUGGCUGCACACCAGACGAUCUCCAGAUCUUAUCUGGUUUUAAAAACAUGGGAGAGCACAGAUGUAAGGACACUUUAAACUGAUUUUAACAUUAUAAUCCUCUGAAUGCAGACACUAGACGAUUCAUCCAGACCAUGAGACCACACAGCUUCAGCUUGUGGAGAAAUAACCAAAGGCUUAAACACACAGAAUAACCUGAGUUUUAAAACUAUUGUUUAAAGACAGCAGUGUGGAGUUUUCUCCUCUUAUGUCAGAGUUUGGUUUGCGAUAGAUGAAGCUUCAGCUCCAGCAGAAAUAUUUACACACUCAAGGAUUAUUUGGACACAAAUACGGUUACAAGGCCACGCCCACGCCACAUUCGUUAGAGGGGAAUGAAAAUGGUCCAGUGUGCAGCCAGCCAAGGACACAUUCAUGUUUAGUUUGACUACGGUUCAUCUUUUAACACGUGUUUCUGGCGUCUCACUGAUUGAACACUAAAGUUAGAAGCUGUGAAAGACUCAGAGAGAGAGAGCAGCGUUUACUCCCGAUUCUCUCCCUCCAUGUUUCAGCCGACGGUUGAAGCUUCUUGUCUGUUUUAGGGUUGUUUCAUUUGUUUUUUUUUUGUAUUUUUCAGGGGAUUGGGGGGGGGUCAAGGAGGGUAGGGGGUCACAGUAUUACCACGUAGUCAGUCAGUCUGUUACAUUUGAAUGUUACAUUUUUUUGUUUUUUUCUUCAUGUUUGUGUGAAUUUUAUUCUUUCUAUUCUUGCUCUUCUGCUCAGUUCGAUGUUUAAUGUGACUAACAAGCUUGUGGGUUAGAAAGAGUGCCAACUGAUAAAGUCCUGCCCGUAGAGACGAGCAGAGAUGCCACUGUCGGGUUCAUCCAAAUAUAGAAACUCGAUCAGGUGGAUGCAUUCAUCAGAUUUAAAUGUUUUCUUUAAAAACAGCUGUUUACAUUCAGUGUUUACACAUUUCAUCCAUAUUGAACCCAGUUAGACUUACUGUUUUACCACCGUUCAUCCUACGGUCCCAUGUAUGGAACGCCAUUUCAGCAUAUAUUUAGUAUCAACAAAAUCAGCCUGUUUGUAGCUCUACUACUUCUAAAUAUUUGCACGCUAGUUUUCAACUAGGCAGAGCAAAAGUGUCACUUAUAGCACUAGUUAGGCAAAAAAAGUCCCCUAGUGCUACUGGUAGACUGUUUUUGGGUCUAUGAGAAGGGCUAGUUAAGCUAAAAACAUCUACUGUUACUAUUAGUAAGAGCACAAAUAUCCACUCAUAGUACUAGCAGACAGUUUUGAGGCUUACUAGUUGUGCAUGUAAGACACAAAAUGUCUGGUGGAGGCCAAACAGUCUACUAGUAGUACUAGUAGGCACUAAAUGCUUAUGAGGGGGGGAAAUAAGUGAAUGAAGGCUUCCAGUUAAAUCUACAGUUCAAAUUUAAAAUGACAACCAAUCACGAUUCAGGAUUGGCUGUGACCCUGCCUACUUUGUUUGCAUUGGUUAUGCUAUCUAGUAAGAUCCAAAACAUCUGCUGGUAAGAAGUGGACCUUUUUAUCCCUUCUAGUACCUCUAGUGACACUUGUGGCCAUAGUCGUGUUCUAGUUGGCCAACAUUGAGCACAAGGACUGAAAUUGGGCCUCUAGUGGAGCAACAGAAUGGUUGAUAUGACCGAUAUCAAAUAUGGCUUUCCACACCCUUCAUUUAAACGUUUUUUAAGAGGGAGAGAAAUGAAGUUCUCCUCAAACCAGGAAAAGUUGAAAUCAGACACAUCUAGAAAAAUGAUACAGAACAGGACCUGAAAGUAGAAACUAGGGAUGUUUCAGCAGCUCAUUUCAAAAUCAAACAUCUAUCCUGUGUGUUCUGUUGACACGUGAGCCCUUCAGUUUGAGCACUUCCACUCUGAUUUAACAACGCUUCUCCUUCCAGAACUGGAGUUGAUUUGUAAGACAGAAUGCAUCAUUGUUGGGGAUGGUGUUGUUCUCCUAGCUAAGGGGGCAGUCCUGAUAGGCGCCCUGGAUCAGAAACAGGAGGAGAUUAAUCAAGCUCUCCAGUCAGUACACUAAUACUUGCAAAGCAUGCAGACACUUGCAUUCUUUCAGUGCGUUUUUGUUAAUCCAUGUCAGUGUCUCCCUGCAGCCACAGUGAUGUAAAAGUCCAUCAAUCUUUACCUUUGGAAGGUCAUCUGAACCUUGCAUUUACCUUUUUACUGUCCCCUUAUUUCCUUUUUAGUCCAUAGCAAGCUCUUUUUUCUGCAGUCAAGUUAAAGUUAUGAUCUCUGAUCUAGAAAAGCAGGUCUGCAUCCAAACAGGAAGUCAGUUAUUUUAGUUAAAGCCAUUUAGAUCUGAAGCUGCAUAAAAAAGUCACCCUUAAAACCUAAAUAUUCGUAAGAAACUUCUGUAAACCUUUUUAAAAAACUAAAGGAUUUACAAAAAUUGUAGUCACCGAUACACUAAUGGGAUAAUAAGAACAUGUAGGCUUUUCCAAAAAUUGCCAGCUAUGGCCUAUUUGACAAAAUGGAGGGAAAUAGUCCCCAACAUCCCCAGCUUCAUGAACAUCACCACGAUGAUGUCAUCCUUUAAAGACUCCAUCUACACCUCCAUACCGCUUAUUAUCAGAUGAUCCAGGAGGGAUUUUAAUGCCAGGAGUAAACGGUAAAUAAUCAGCUCCACCAACUAGUGGCUCUUAGUUUAAGGGUCCAGUAGGUCGACAUAAACGCCAGCUGGGAAGGAUAUUAGGAGAAAGUGUUUGUUCGUACACAAGUUUGCAGAAACAAUCUUCUGUAAGAGAA